CGACAAAGGGAGCGAGAAGGGCGUGGUUUACAUCGUCUCUCGACCGAGCUUUACUCAAGAGACACAAACUUUGUUUUGGAGCUUGUACAAAAUGCAGAUGAUAAUUCCUAUCCUGAAAACAUCUCUGAUACGGGAUACCCGUCCCUUGUAUUUGUUCUCGAGCGAGAUAAGAUCGUGGUCCUAAACAACGAAGUUGGAUUCAUGGAGAACAAUAUUCGAGCGUUGUGUGAUGUUGGAAGAAGUACGAUAGGGGCUCAUAGCUAUGGAUACAUAGGUGUGUUGUUUUUUUAUUUGAAAGGAAAAAUACCACAGCUUAAGUUUAUCCUUAAAAUAAAUAGUUCUAAAGGAAAUUUUUUUUUGAUAUGUUUAAUAACACACAGUUUGUAAAACUUCCAACUCUCCUGGUGUCUCAAACGCGGUAAGAUGCCUCUACUUUUUGAUUAAACUAAACGCAAUUUAAUGAAGCAAAACCUCCAUGUUUCUCGGUAGGGCAAAAAGGCAUCGGAUUUAAAUCAGUAUUUCGAGUCAGUGAUUGUCCAGAGAUCCAUUCCAAUGGUUUUCACAUUCGUUUUGACGCUAAGAGUGGUUCUAUUGGAUACAUACUUCCGCAAUGGAUUGAACAGGGAUGCGAAGAAAAGCAGAAGUGUGAUGACAGAGUUGAAAAUAGGCCGGACAGCCAUCUCCAUGACGAUACUGACGCUGUAACAACUGAGUAUGCC